AUGACUGGCACUCAAGCUGGAGAUGUUGCUUCUAGUUCAACCACAUCUCUUUUGGAUUUUUCAAGUCCUUUUUAUCUGCAUCCUUCAGAGAAUGCUGGAUCAUCAUUGUUACCUGGAGUUUUCGAUGGUACUGGUUACAGAUCUUGGCGAAGAGCAGUCCUCGGAGCAUUAUCAGUUAAAAGCAAAACAGGUUUUAUUAAUGGAGCAAUUGUGAAGCCUAUAUCUACUGAUCCUAACUUCAUGCAGUGGGAAAGAUGUGAUGAUAUGGUCACAUCUUGGAUCUUGAAUUCCUUGUCUCCAGAGUUGCGUGGCAGCCUGCAAUAUGUGAAUAAUGCCAAUGAGUUAUGGGCAGAAUUAGAGGAAAGAUAUGAUCAAACAAAUGGAUGUAAAUUGUAUCAGUUACAGAAGGAGAUAAAUGAGCUUGUUCAAGGUACUUUAGACAUCACCAAGUACUACACAACAAUGAAAAAGCUGUGGGAGGAGAUGAACACAGUUGACAUUAUUUCUCAAUGCACAUGUGUGUGUUCUUGUGGAGGAAAGACAAAGUUGCAAAAGGCUGAGCAAGAUAGAAGAUUGAUACAUUUUUUAAUGGGGUUAAAUGAAAUGUAUACUACUGUUAGAGGUAGUAUUCUCAUGAUGAACACUCUUCCUAGCAUGGCUCAAGCUUUUGCUAUUCUGUGCCAAGAGGAAAAGCAAAGAGAAGUAAAGCCUCAUAAUCAUACAGCCUUGGAUUCUACUUCUCUCAAUGCUUAUGGACAAUACAAUAAUAAUGCAGGUUACAAGGGAUUCAGAACAAAUUACAGUUCAUCUAAAGGGGCUUGA